ACAUCUCUUCACUAGUUACAUUUGUGAGAGUGACAGGAAAAAAAAAAGCAGCCGAACCUGCUAGCUGAAAUCAGCUGAAAUAUUCGAAUUAAAAAAAUAUAAAAGCUUUCUAUCCAUUUAAACUCAAAUUUUGUUAUUUUUUAACUUUCGGCCUUUGGAAUGAUCGCUGGGAAUUUCGAAACAAUGAUGACACAGUGCUUGUAAAGAACAGAAGCGCGGAUUGUAUCUUGGCAGGCGUGCGUGGAUUUUGUUGCAUUACUUUUGUUUCUAUUAGUUUGUGGCGUUGAUCUUUUAACUGUUAACUGCACGAGAUUGCAUAACACAUCAUUGGACCUAGGCGCAAGCGGGAUAAUCCUGGACGGGAUCAGUAUACGAUGCUUCACCUAGCGGAGGAAGUUCGUGAAUGUUUCGUGGCUACUGAAAGUAGCACAGUUUGGCCGUCCAUUUAUGUUAUUAUCACUGAUUCUAGACGAACAACAGGUACAUAACUAUGCUUGGUGCCAAAAGUAGAGCUUGGACAACUUUGUGCAUUUAUCUUCCAUUAUUAUAUUAUUUCUAGAUUCGUGAUUAAGUGAAAGAAGUCACUGUCAACAAGUUAUCUUUGAUAAUCCAAAUUUCUAGAGUCGUUGUUAUUAUCUUUUAAAUCUUUAAUAGUUGCACCGGAAGAUAUAUUGUCAUGAAAGCUGAAAAUCUUCAGCGAGUUGUCUAUCUUAGAUGGUAAAUAAGCGUAAUUUGUUAUAAAAGCUAAGCGAACUUCGUUUUAUUUACGAAACAACACGAUUUAUGGCAAUGCUUAAAAGAACCGUUUCUGGCAUAUCCCAAUGUGAUAAUUUUUGCAGAAAACUAUGAGUCUUGAAACUAUGAUGCAGCGAAUGAGUCAGUGCCAAGAAGCAGUUAAUUUCAUUUACCACUAAGCAGUCGCAAAACGUGCAGUGCCUCUGAUUUAUCUGCUUAUUUUAAAUAAGAUUGUGCAUAUCAGAAUUUUUCAUUUCACUAGAAAGCUUUAUUAAGACUAUGCGUUUAGCUUGUUAUCUGUUGACACUGUUUGUCGUGAGUCACAGUUUCUGGAGUUUCUCUGUAAGUCAGGAGACGGUCACUUCUGUAUCCGUAACGAUUCACCGAACAUUAGUGGAAAAUUCUGGACCUCAAGCGAUCGAUGUGAUGCAAUCGGAGGAUGCGCCUGCUGAUGAAGAUUAUAACGAAGAAGAAGAUGAUGAAGUGAAUCGAGUUCCUUUGCCCCGCGACCCCCUAGCGGAGGAAAACGAUAAUUACGAUAAAAAACAUCACGUGCCGGAUCACAGAUUUAAACUGAUAUCGUUGGAUAAUAUUGUCCAUCUGAAUCCUGCCCUGCAAGUGUCUUUGUGGAUCUUCGUGGGAUCUCUCGUCAAAGCAGGCUUCCACGUAACUCCAAAGAUAUCCCUAAUAUGUCCGGAAAGUUGUCUUCUUAUAGUGGUUGGAGUGAUCAUUGGUCUUCUCCUCUUCUACGCCGGCCUGACAAACGUGGGUCCCCUGACUCCGAAUGUAUUUUUCUUGUACAUGUUGCCUCCCAUCGUUCUAGAUGCAGGUUACUUCAUGCCGAACAGGCCCUUUUUCGACAACCUGGUCACCAUUCUGAUGUUCGCCGUCGUUGGCACAGUCUUCAAUGCCAUGUCAGUUGGCAUGUCCCUGUGGGCUGUCGGACUUACUGGUCUCUAUGGCGUUGAAAUGCCUUUGUUGGAUACACUGCUCUUCAGUUCAAUAGCUUGUGCGGUCGAUCCCAUCGCCGUGCUUGCCGUCUUCGAAGAGAUCCACGUCAAUGAGGUGCUCUACAUCCUCGUGUUCGGAGAGUCUCUGCUAAAUGAUGCCGUCACUGUGGUUCUUUACCACAUGUUUGAGGGCUAUGCUGAGAUGGGUCCCAAGAACAUUAUAACCGUGGAUUACUUAGCAGGUGUGGCUUCUUUCUUUGUGGUAGCCGUGGGCGGCACUAUUGUGGGCAUCUUGUGGGGUCUACUGGCAGCGUUUGUGUCCAGAUUCACGCAUCACGUACGAGUCAUCGAGCCACUUUUUGUAUUCGUCAUGUCCUAUCUGUCCUAUGUCAGUGCAGAACUUUUCCAUUUUUCUGGAAUUUUGGCUCUCACAUUUUGUGGUAUCACCAUGAAAAAUUACGUAGAAGAAAACAUUUCAUACAAGAGUCAUGUGACUGUAAAAUAUGCGAUGAAAAUGUUGGCAAGUUCUUCCGAAACGAUCAUCUUUCUCUUCCUAGGGGUGUCCACAGUGAACGACAACCAUGAAUGGAACACAUGGUUCGUAGUCAUGACUAUCUUCUUCUGCACGUUGUACAGAACUAUUGGUGUUGUGAUUUUAACUGCUAUAGCGAACAGGUUCCGGUUGCAUCGGAUUAAUAAAGUGGAACAGUUUAUCCUAGCCUACGGAGGUCUCAGGGGUGCUGUAGCAUUUGCUUUGGUGCUAAUUGUCUCGGACCGCAUCAUUCCUACCAAGAACAUGAUGGUUACGACUAUCAUUGCCCUUGUAUUUUUCACCGUCUUCAUUCAGGGAAUGACCAUUGGUCCACUCGUAAGAAUUUUAAAUGUUCCAACAAUGAACAAAGUCAAAAUGUCUAUGAAUGAAAGAAUUAUUACAAGGUCAAUGGACCAUCUGAUGGCUGCAAUCGAAGAUAUUGUUGGACAAACUAUGGGGAAUUAUCAUCUUCGAGACAAAUUCAAGUACUACAACAACAAGUACCUCCGUCCCGUGCUCACGCGCGAGCAUGCUAAUGCCGAGCCAAAAAUCUUUGAAACCUAUUCCAAACUGAAUGUUGCAGAUGCCAUGAAUUUAGUGAAGCAAAACUCAUCUCUUUUACCUGGACCAAAUGGCAACGAUUUGGGCGUGUCCUUGUCUUCCUUAUUCAGGACAUAUACUCAAGCACAUUUGGACAAAAGUCCUAGCGUGGAGAAGGGUGCAAAGGGAGACUCCGAGAUACCCCGUAACAAUUCAAGCUUCUUGAAUGUAGAUAUUGCCGAGCUGGAAUACUCCCCAAGUAGUAAAGAUCUGGCCGAUGCUGAGCUGCAUCACAUUCUCUCAGAUGCCAUGUUCAAACCGCCAAGACGACGGUACAUUCGCCGAAAUUCCGUGUAUGAACGCAACUCUAGCCAAACUCCUGAUCCUCAACAGACGAGGCUACAGAUCCGGCACCUGAUCGAUGAACGGAUUCCUCACAGGAGGCUUAGUAGCCAGGCUUUCGCAACCCAUGGCCCCUUCCCCAAACAGAAUGCAGCCUCAAAUCACACGGGCAGUAAUUCGGAGCGCAGUUUGGGUUCGAAUUCUUCAGAUGGAACUACUACGCGAGGACUCAUCAGCGGACGGAAAA